AAAUAAUGAACAGUUGAACAAAGAAGAAAAUUUUUGGCACGCAUUCAUUAAAUAUAAAAUGGCAUUCAUUCCACCAGUUACUAGACUUUCUUCAUCAAUAAUUAGAAUUUUGGGAUGCAAUCCCGGUCCUAUGACUUUGCAGGGCACAAAUACCUACUUAUUAGGUACUGGAAAAAGGCGUCUUCUGAUUGACACUGGCGAUAUUGACGUGCCUGAAUAUCUGCAACAUUUAGGUAGAGUUUUGGAGGAGGAAAGAGCUACAAUAGGCGGAAUUAUUUUAACUCAUUGGCAUCAUGAUCAUGUAGGUGGAGUUAAGGAUAUUUUAAGAAUGUUUGCUGAUACAGAUUGCCAAGUUUACAAACAUCCUCGAAUAAACGAGACCGACAUGUGCCCCGAAAUCCCGCCAAAUGUUCAAAUUCAAUCAUUGAAAGAUCAAGAAGAAUAUGAGGUAGUUGGGAGCAAACUGCGAAUAGUACAUACUCCUGGACACACUACUGAUCACAUUAUUCUUACCACGCCUGAAGGGAUACUCUUCAGUGGGGACUGCAUAUUGGGAGAAGGUACCGCGGUCUUUGAAGAUUUAUACAGUUAUAUGAAAAGCUUAGAAAAUAUAUUAAGCAUUAAUCCUGCUAUUAUAUAUCCUGGACAUGGUAACAUUAUAGAAGAUCCAAUUGCGAGAAUAAAAUAUUAUAUAAAACAUCGAUUGCAAAGAGAAGAACAGAUUCUCGAUCUUUUCAUGCGAAAUCCUCACAAGCACAUGAAAUCUAUGGAUGUGGUGAAAGUGAUAUACCAAGAGGUCCCUGAACACCUGUGGUCUGCCGCUUCUCUUAAUGUUGGUCACCAUUUGUCAAAACUUGUAAAAGAAGGUAAACUCUUAAAGGUAUUGCAAAGCACCGAAGAAACUUAUGUCUUAAAGAAAACCGGUAACCUAUAAGUCAAUAAAUGAAAUUAUGAAAUGUAGUUAGAAAAUGAAAUGACGACGGCAAUUCAUACGAUCGGGUGCUUUGUCUGCACCCUUUUAUGGUUUUCGUAUAUCUCAUUGUAAUAGAAGGUGAUAGCAGUCAAACUAUGAUGUAUCUUUAAAUAAAAUUUUACAUUAACGCGUAAAUAUGGAAAAGUUUGAAAAU